GAUGGCAGGGUGCAACUUUUAUCGAAGAAUGACAAGCUUUGUGCUGCUCUUCUCCAUCAUCUCUGCAUCGAAUGCUUGCGCUGACAGCGGCGAUGCUGCGUCGUCUGAAGAAGUAUACGUAGAAGCUUCCCACUCGAACCGGAGGCCUCCUGCGAAUCCGGUUAUCAUGGCGGGUAUUCGAUCUCAAAUUCGGGGAGGAGUAAGAAAUAAAUUCGGACUCGUGCCUGCGCGCGAAAGACCGCCGUCGAUAGAAGGCGACAUAGACAAAACUUUAUCAAGCUCAUUUGGCCCAUUUCUGAACCGCCAAGAUGGCAGACCAACUCCUGACAUGCCAACACCAUCAAACCAGGAUGAUCUACCUGGGAUUUUUUUGGACACAGUGGAAAAUAAAGUACGCAGAGUCACUGACGCUGUGCUGCAUAUUCCCUAUGUACUAACUACUCUUUCGUCCAGUGUCUUGCGACCUGUUCGUCCUCCUGGCAUUUUUCCCUCUAUUGAUGGAGGAAGUCUAGUGUACCAGUCAGGAUAUAGCGUAGUAACUUCCGGAAUCAGUCGACCGGUUGGUCAACCUACUGUCGAUACCAAUUUCUCUCCCGCGGUCCGACCGAUAAAUACGAACAACUACCAGCCAUACAAACCCAAUGUCGGCAACACACAAUAUUAUCCCAUUUCUUCGAGUUCUGGUAGUCAAAUACCAGGUAACAACGCACACGACUCUAAUCGUGGAUCAAGUUCUUCCUCUGAUAAAUCCAACACCAACCUUUUCCCGAUUGUGGCUGUUGAUCCUUCGCAUGGCCAAGGCAGUGCGCCCGCUCCUCAGGUCCCGCCUCGUGCCUCUGGUGGGUCGGCUAUCCCGAUUGCCUCGGGUGGAGCAAUUCCUCCUAAAGACUACAAACCUCAGGAUAAACCUUACGUGGUAGAGAAUUUUGACGAGGUAGAUCCAACUAAUAGGAAUUCCCGACCGUUUGGUCCUAAGGCUCCCAAUCAAAACGGAUUUGAUGACCAUGAUCGAGCAACACAAUCCGGGAAUGGCUUCCCUGGACCGAUUGCAUUUGUUCCUCAGGGACCGACAUCUAACAACCGACCCACGCAUUUCGAACCUGACCAGAACUCACAUGGUGACGGGCAAGAUAGAUUUGGCCAAGCAACACCCAACGUCUAUUCGGUGACACAUGGAAUUCAAGAGUUCACUCAAGAUCUAAUUUUAACUUUUCGAAAUUUGAGCAUUAGUGAUAAUGUGGUUUUUUCUCCGUUCAGUGUUGCCAGCCUUUUAUCUCUGCUAACUCUUGGAACGAAAGGAGUUACAUCUCAAGAAAUUGUAAAGGCCUUGGGCUUAUCAAACUCCGAUAGCUCUACCACGUACCACUCUCAGUACGAAGAUAUCUUGCGAAGACUUAACUACGAUACAAAUGAUAUAAUAAUAAACACUGCUAGUCGUCUUUUCUUGGAAGAAACCACCCCUGUCAGUGAAACUUUUGUAUCGCAGGCUGGUGAACAUUACAACUGCACCGUAAGCUUAGAAAACUUCCGUGAACGGCCCGUCCAAACCCAGACUCGCGUCAACCAGUGGGUGGAGGAUGCAACGCAAGGUAAAAUAAGAGACUUCAUAUCGUCGCCUUUCAGCCCAGACACCACAUUUGUGGCAGCCAAUACCAUUUAUUUCAACGGCGCCUGGGAAACUCCAUUUCCAGUAGACUUCACGAUGGAAGGCGCAUUUGACACGGGUGUGAAGAACAUCAGCGUUCCUAUGAUGAGCAAUACAUUUGAUACCGACUACUAUUUUAGCCCUGAAUUCAAUCUCGAUAUCACUGCCAUCCCGUACGUUGGUGGAGAACUUUCAAUGAUAAUCAUCUUGCCCAGAGAAUCUCCGCGAGUCAAGUCUAUCCAGGUACUUGAGAGACAGCUUGACCCCAACGCAAUAAGAGAGCUAAUCUCAAAAAUGAAGAAAACCACGGUCUCCCUCUAUCUUCCUAGAAUGCGUUUGAACAUGAAGGCCAACAUGGUUUCUAGCUUGAAACAACUUGGCAUCAACAGCAUAUUCUCCCCCACGACAUCUGAUUUCAGUGGACUGACAAGUAAGAAGCCAAUUUGGAUCAGCGAAUUCCUCCACGAAGCCAUCGUGGAGAUCACCGAAACCGGUACCGUUGCUGCUGCCGCCAGUGGAGCAAUGAUAAACCGCAUGGGAGGACAUAGACGUAUCAACGUCAACAAACCUGCCAUAAUGUUCAUCAGGGACAACGUGACACGCCUGCCUAUCUUCUGGAUGCGGCUUGUUGAACCAGAUAGGGUUGAGUCCUAAACGGGUACCGAUUGGUAUGAUGAAAAUGCUCUAAUGGUUUGCUCUCUUUUUUUAUAGCUGUUGCAAUAUAUUGAGGGAUUGUUUCAGCAAAAAUAAUUCGUGUCAUGAUAUUCGAAUAAAUGAUUGAUUUCGCUAAAAAUCGUGAGGUAAUGCAAACCAUAUCGAACGAAGUGAGUAAUUUCUAAGUGAGAUUGUUAGAUAAACCCGAACUCAUUCCAAUUGCGUAAGAAUUUUGAGAAAUAUUAUUCAUAGUAAUUAAAUGUUUAAAAUCCCCAACCAUAAUUGGCAAAAAAAAUAAUAUUGACCGAUUUCCAGCCUAUUUAAAAGCAUUUACUGAUCUCUCAGAUCACCAAAACUAAUGAUGCGUCGGAUUUUUAUUUCCGCAGGUUCAAAUUUAGGAUUUCUUGAUCAAUUUAGUGCACACAGAAAAAUCGUUGGACUGCUGUGUACCUUGACCAAGAAAUUGUACCAAACGAAAUGUAUCGAUGGGGUAAAAUGUCAUUUGAAUCAAACAAUUUUCACAAUUCGAUAAUUCCAGAUUCAGUUGAAUUUUGCUCCCCUUUUUCUUCUGCAUCAACUUUUUUAUGGCCGUUUACUCCUGAUUAAGCUCGAAAUGUACCAUUAUAAUGAUGCGAAUACGAAGAUAAUUAUCUUCGUAUUUUCUGGCCUCUUUAUUUAGCCUUAAGUUUUUGAAAAUUACUUCACAUUUCGAUAGACGAUCAAUCGAAAUUUCUUGACUUUGCACAAAUUUUGCCUAACGGAUCUGUGAUGUACUUUCCUGCAAUAAUAAUUUAUGUCUAAAGAUUGCUUCAACGAAUUUUACAUGUUUGGAAAGUGCGAUUUAUUGCGAUCACAAUGGCCUCAGUUUGUUGUGGAAUAUCAGUCCUGCGAUAACUGUAAUAUUGCAGCACAGAUGUAAUUUCUUUUUCAUUUCUACGGGCUCAAUAGCGAUGAAAAUUUUCACGUAAUGGAAAUGUUUUGUGUUGUAAUUCUUUACAUUGAAUCUUAAACGGGUUUUACAUUAUGUGACCGCUUCCUGGUGCCACAGACACAUCACCUUUUAUCGACUUCACUGGCAGAACAAAAGAAAGUCUCUGUCGACUUGAAAGGAUCAAUACCAGCAGACCUCCGCUAAAGAGCUCUUCAUGAGAUCCCUUUCUCUAUGCACAUACGCACUGUCAUUUCUUAUAUUCCUAACUAAAGGCUCCAGGUUACUUUGAAUAACCCUCCGUCAACAGAAAAUGUCCAUCACAUCAGCACAAUCACAUCAGCAUCCAUCACAUCCAUCACAUCAGCAUCAAUCUCCUUUGGUAUUUUAUUACAAAGACUUAUCGAAUUUACUGGACUGAAACGUGAUAGCCGCUGGAAAUUUUCCAGGUGAGCUAAGAGGUAAUUUUUCGAUAAACUUAAUAAUCAAUUAUCACUGAUGAAAUUAUGCAAACUGUUGCCGAAGCCUUGAGAGACACCUCCUACGUGAUAUUUUUAUUCGUCUACUUGUAGUAUUAUUCUUGUUCGACUAGUCAAUUGUAACAUUUACUGUCUAUACAAGCCUCCUAUUAUGCACGUUUUUAAAAGUGUGCCAAUUAUUUAGGUUACAACACGGAAUUAGUUCGUCGCGUCCGGUGCCAAAAAAGGACAUAGAACUGCUUGUUGAAUUCAUUAAUUUAGUAUACUUUAUCGCAUUCAAGACUCGUAUUGAAGAUAUAUAUUCGCAUUUAUUUUACUAAAGAUAUCUAGAUUAAUUUGUGUCUGCAUAUUUAAUUCCAAAGUUGCACUCUAAUUGGUUGCACAAUUUUGUUUGUCGUUUAGUGUUUUCUAUCACCUUAGCCGUGACCUCCGGUAGCAGGCGUUUUACUCAUCAUUGUAUACCGUGAUCUUGCCGUGGAGGUGCGUUAAUAGGUAGCUCGAUCAUGAUGUUAUUUGUGAUUGUUCUAUUGAGUGAAUCGCCUUGUACUCGUAUUAUAUUGAUUAUUUUCGUGUGACAGUUUAGUUUUGUUUACAUCUAAUACAUUCAUUAUUUUAGCUAGUUAUUUCAAAGACGUUAUUUUGAUAUUUUCUGAAAGAUGUCACGUUCUGAAAUGCUCCAUUGCUCAAUAUGUGGACUUGAAACUUAUGGACUAAUUAGGACGUGCAUUAUUAAAUGCUUAAACGCACGGUUAGGGCAAACGUUUUAGUAGGGUUAGGGUUUUUACGGUGUUAGGCUUUUGCGGAAAUUUAUAUGUAUUUUUUGAUCAAUUAUAUUUGUUUUAAAUGUUUAUUCAUUGAGAAUCCUUGGUUUAGUCAACUGUUUUCUUUGAAGAACGCUUACACGGUCUUUUGUGGAGGGGAAUUGCUGAGGAUCAUUAUUUGAACAGGAAAGUCCCCGAAUAAUGUUCUUGUAACAGAUGUUGACUGCGAUAAUUUCUCACAACGUCUUGUAUACGUCGUUAUUUCCCUAUUGGUCUGAAUUUCUGGUAAGAAUUUGUUCCAGCGAUUUCUGCAGAUGAGAAUCAUUUGUUUCGUUUUCCUGUUUAAACAAGUUAACAUUUACGAUGCUAAUGCGAAUAAUUUGGUUUUCACGAUGCUGAGAAAAUAAUACUGUUGCGUUAGUUGAGAUAUUGAUAGCAUUUGAAAACCAUGCUUCAUGUAUCGCAUAUUAUAGGAGUCUUUAUGGAGGCAACGAAGGCCAUUAAAAUAAAAUUCUGCUUUUUGUGUGUUGA